AUGGCUCCUGCAAAGAAGAUGCGCCGUUUACCACCACCGAAGAGGGCAUUACUUGAACCCUACUCAUCCUCGACUGAUACAUGUACACCUUAUCCGGAAGGUCUUACAGCAGAUGGAUUUGAGCCUAUUGGACCAUCUCUGUCUCAAAUUAAUGUGUUGUCAGGAUCUGAGACUAUUGCACCAACGCCGUCUCAAAGUAAUGCACCACAUGGAUUUGAGAUUUGUGAAGCAACUCUGUCUAAAACGCAGGCACUAUCUCCUCAAAGUCAAACAAGUGGCGCAGGUGCAUCUUCAUCAAGGCGAGUGCGGGGACCAACAGUUGGAAAAGCAACAGCAACAAGAGUUGCCAACAAUAAUGGGAACAAGCUCCACAUUCCAAUCACUGAGACAUUCAAUGCAUUCGAAGGUGUGCUAGCGACCCCAGGAGCUAAUGAGAUUGGCAUUCAGAUUAGGAGGAUGUGCCCCAUUCAAGGUGUUAAAAGUUGGACUGUUGCUGAUCUUGCGACAAAAGGGGCUGUUGUACAAGCUGUCCGG